GGGCAUGUAUUCAAAAUUUGAAAUUCAAAUCCACUUCUCCAGAUCUCCUCCAUUUUCUCUAGUUUCACUGGUGGUUUUUGGGCAAAAUUAUGAACUCAUAGUAUAUUAAUAUUCUCUCUCUCUCUCUCUCUCUCUCUCUCUCUCUCUCUCUCUCAUUGUGAUAGGAUUGAAACGAGCAACGGAGAAGUGUCUUCUUCAAGCGGCGCCAAAUCGAACUCAGGAAGUAGGUUUGCAUUGUAGGCAUGGGUCAGAUCCAGUACUCCGAGAAGUACUUCGACGACACCUACGAGUACAGGCACGUGGUUCUCCCUCCUGAAGUGGCCAAACUGCUCCCGAAGAAUCGGCUUCUCUCUGAAAAUGAAUGGCGCGCAAUUGGGGUGCAGCAAAGCCGGGGGUGGGUCCACUACGCUGUUCAUCGACCAGAACCACACAUCAUGCUCUUCAGGAGGACUCUAAACUAUCAACAGCUGCAGGAGAACCAGGCUCAGUAAAACAUGGUUUCCAAGUGAAAUAUCACUGCCUACUAUAAAUCACUACCUCAUUUCUGCUAGAAAUGAUUUCCUUAUAUGUGAUGCCUUAGGAUGUUAAGAUCGGUAUUCGUACCAAUUUUUCGUACUUCUAUCUAGUUUGCAGACUCUCAUUUUGAGUGUUUUGUUGGUAGAUUAUGGUGUUACUGUUUGCAGAAGUUGAUGUUGAACUGUUGGUAGACUUCUAAUGGCUGUAAUUCCUCUGUGGGUUUGCUCCA